AUGUGUCUCUCCAUUUCUCAGGAGCAGCCAGUCGAUUUUAUCAUGUCCCACUUUAUCUCGAUGAUGGUGAACGCACCGGGCCUUCCCACACGCCGGGUGCCCUCGCUGUUCAACCACAUCGGACGCCGCUCGACGCUGGCCAACAAGACCCAAAAGGUGGUCGACUACCACACCAACCAGGUGACCAGGCGGUUCGAGCACGACAACCCGCCGGCGGAGGUGGUGACCAACAUGCGGGUGGUGACCGGCCACCUGGCUCCGUACGCCUACAGCGUCGCUCCGGGUCUGUUCAUCGGGCAGCCCAAGCGCGGCUCGGUGGGGACCCUAGACGUGGCGCUGACCCGUCGCCGGCGGCUGCGGCGGGUUGCCGUGGUGACCGGUCAGAAGCAGCAGUACCGGCUGAAGCGCGGCCGACUGCUGGCGGCCACUGACCUGGUGCGGGUCACCGGCACCUCGGCAGAGUGUACCGACUGGAGCCUGCUCGCAGAGUUCGACCCGAGUGGAGUGGUGGAUGUGAAGGCGGUGGAUACACUGGUGCCCGGCGGAGUGCAGUGUGUCAGAGUGGAGGUGGACAGGACAUACGGCGGUAUAGUGGCCAUCACGGAGAUAGCGCUGUUCGAGGAGAGCUGA